AUGGGACCAUCUGUCUGUUCUUUCCUGCUCUCCCCACCACUGCUGUUACUGUUCCAUGGUGUCCAUGGGAACAGCCUGCCAAAAGUAUGUGGAAACCCUAAGAUAGCUGGGAAAAUUGUAGGAGGGCAGAAUACCCAGAAAGGACAGUGGCCAUGGCAAGUCAGCCUAAGAAUCUCAGCAGGGCUACAUAUCUGUGGAGGCUCUCUCAUCCAUCCGAGUUGGGUACUGACUGCAGCUCAUUGCUUUAGAAGGUAACUUUACUUUCCUUCUAGUUCCCAGCGGCCCUCAUAUUAUCGAGUGAUGUUGGGAGAGCUGAAGCUGUAUACGUCCCCACCCAAUUCUUCCUUUGCAUCUGUGAGAAGAAUCAUCAUUCACCCUUCCUACCAAAGUGGAACCAAUAUUCCCACGGGGGACAUUGCACUGAUACAACUGGGCUCUCCCUCUCAGAUCAUGCCUGUGUGCCUCCCAGCACCCCAGACCCACUUUGUUAGUGGCACUCUGUGCUGGGUGACUGGAUGGGGAAAAACUAAGGAAAGAGUUGUUUCCUUGACCUUACAAGGAGUCCAGGUUCCCCUGAUUGAUGCCAAAACUUGUGAUGCCCAAUACCACAUCAAUAACCCCACAGAUUCAGGACGACCUCUGGUUUUGGAUGACAUGAUCUGUGCUGGGUACGAGCAAGGCCAGAAAGAUGCCUGCCAGGGUGACUCCGGAGGCCCUCUUGUGUGUAAGGACAAUAAUACCUGGUUCCAGGUUGGGGUGGUGAGCUGGGGAGAAGGUUGUGCCCGACCCCACAGACCAGGAGUAUACACCCGGGUCCAGAACUACACAGAUUGGAUUCAAACCACCAUCGCCAAUUUUGCUUCAGUUGUUCCUUCAGGACCUACUUCUGCUACUCUGCUGCUCACGCUGGUUCUUCUGUGUGUGAUGAGAUUUUUUCCAUGAUGCCUCAAUUCUGUAACUUCCAGGCAUCUUUUCUACCCCUUCAUCUGGAGCCCUCAUUAACCUCUCUGUCCUUGGAUGUUCUUUGCUCUCAGGGAUGGCAGCUACUUCUGUGUGGAGGAUGGAGAAAAGGAGCAUAAAUUGCCAGGCUGUGAUACAGCCCUGGUCUUGGUGCUAGUGCAACAUAAGUGUAGAA